UCAGAACACUGCAGAGCUGCGUGACAACAAGCAUUGCAUGCUACUCCAUCGUCAGUGUAAUAUGUGUAGUUGCUUCUUUUCUAUUUUCUGAUAUGGGUAGUGCGGCCGUUAAAAUGGGCGUCGUUGCGGGGCCUCCUAUAGAGUCUCCCGAUGUGAUGUACGAUUUAAAGGAGAGGGUCCACAGAACCCCUUACGUAAGGGGCAGUGCAGUUCCCAGUCCCACCAGACUUCACCUUAACCAGGAGCAGGAUCUCAUGGUCCUCACUAAUGGGACAGUCCUCAGAAUUCAGGCGAAACUUAAAGACGGCUCCAGAGGUAUUAAUCUGUACAAGAGGAACUUGAAGUCUGUGCCGAGAGAAUUAUUUUAUCAUCCUCUUGCCGAAGAAGUUACAUGGUUAAACUUAGCGAGUAACAGUCUGGUGUACAACAAAAACGGUAUCUUCAAGGACAUUGAUAAGGUCGAGGAAAAUUAUUACAAAGGCGGUAGUGACAUUGAGGAAGAAAAGGAAGAUGAAGAAUCGUCAAGAAGUAAAGCAAGCUCUGGACGAUCAUCAAGUGCAUCGCGGAAAUCUUCAGCUAAAGAAGAGGAGAAUGGAUCACCAUCACCAUUACCAUCACCAGUACUUGCUGACAACGCUUCUACCAAAGAAGCUGAUGUUACUUCUGUUCAUUCAGAAGCAAUUGGAGAUGUAGGAGCUGCUGCUGAAGCUAUAGUGGAAGGAGAAGGGUCACCCGGAGAGAAAAUUGUCCCGGAAAGUACUGCCCCUGAAGAAACGAACGCGUCAUCUUUACCAAAGAUUUCUAGUCCUGAGAAACCAAUUCAACAAACAGAAGAGGCAAAUGUAGAAAAACAGACCUCUGAGGUAAUACUUGCUGCUGAAGGAGGAAACAUUUUUGCAUCAGAAGUUAAAUCGGAGAAUGUUGAACUUCCUGAAGCAGCUCCUGAAUUCCAGGCCGAAGAACCUUCAGAAACUAAGCCAGCAGUGGAACCCUCACAAGAUGAGACUAAGGCAGAAGCUAAAGAAGUAACUCCAGUUGAGGUUAUAGAACCAGAGCCAGUCCAAGGAGAGGUUCCAGAAGCUGCACCGGCUGAAAACGUCACCGAAACAGGUUUAGAUGAAGGUAUCAAGCAGAAUUUAUCAAUAAAACCGGACGAUUUGGUGUGUGAAGAUGUGUUGUCGGAAGUUUCCUCAGUUGUUGAUAUGGGGCAAGAUUUCGAUUUAGAAGAUUCUACAGAUAAAGAUGCGGUUAAAAAACAUGCUGAUGAAAAGGAACCAGAUGUUCAACCAGUUAGGGAAGAUGAUACUAAUAUAGAAGAUUUCGAUGGAGUAGUACAUAGUCGUGCACCUAAAAGUGUUGCGGAAAGUGUUGACAUAAGUGAUUUCGAAGUCGAAGAUAUAGAUGAGGAGGCGAUAGAAGACGCUGAAAAGAAGACCACGUCUCCAGACAAGGAAAAGAAUGAAAAAGAAAAAGACGAGGUAAAGAAUGGGUCCAAAAAGAGUGGCAGUAGCAGCAGUGACAGUGAAGAAGAGGAAGAGGAAGAAGAGAAAGAAGAAGAAAGGGAGCUUAUGAGUGAUGAAGAGGGUGACCUUCAUGACGAAGAGGGGAAUGUUAUCCCCCGUCAAGCAAACACUCUGCCCAACAGGUUUCACAAAAUGCCGAACCUAGUAGAGCUUCACCUGGGCUACUACGGUAAAGGAAACCCUCUUAAAACCCUCCCCAAUUCUGUAUACAGUUUACAACACCUGAGGAAGCUCGAUGCUAGUUCUUGUAGACUGACCGAACUUCCGUCAGAAAUUAAUCGGCUCACUUCCAUUGAGGAACUCUGGCUGUCUGGCAAUUUUCUCACUUCUCUGCCCAAAUCAAUCGGAGACCUAAAGAAAUUAAAAUCACUAUGGAUAAACUACAACCAGUUGAAUGGGAUACCGGCAACAUUGGAGUUUUGUGAAUCACUCGAAGGUAUCUACGCUCAUGGGAAUCAGAUUGAGUUUUUGUCUACUGCUUUGUGCAGGAUUCCUAAACUGAAACAUUUAGGCGCAGGGAGAAACAGGAUCAAAUUUUUGCCGAAGAACAUUGGUGAGUUGGUGAACCUUGAAGAAGCAUGGUUAAAUGACAAUCACAUCAGAGAACUACCUGAUUCAAUGUUUGAGCUUCAAAAUCUAAAGACGCUUUGGAUGAGCAGUAAUCAGCUGACUUCGCUAGACAAAAAAGUGGGUAAACUCACAGAACUAUCGGAGCUGUCUCUUAGCAAGAACCGACUUACUACACUUCCCUCAUCUCUCGCUAAUUGCACACGGCUCAGGGUGCUACAACUGGAUGACAACAAGCUAGUAGCUCUUCCGAAGAGUCUCAACAACUUGGGAUAUCUUGAGGAGUUAUGGCUGAACGGAAAUGCUGUUAAGGAGAUACCCGAGGGACUUUACAUGAUCAGCAAUAUGAGAAAACCUGUUUAAAAGUUUAGGGAAAAUAAUUGAGAUUAUAUUAUUGUGCCUUAUUUUUUCAUCAGAUCUGAUUCCACUUUGUUAUAAAAACUUUUGAGGUUUAGUUUUUUUAUACUGCUGUUAAGAAUUAUUCGAUAUUUUCACCAGCUUA